AUGAAUUUUGAAUUUCUAGCUACUACGACUACCACUACAAGCGCAACGACAACAACGUCUACAACAACCACUUCAACAACCGCUACGACAACGACGACAACAACAACAACGACAACAACAACAACAACAACAACUUCAACAGCAACUACAACAACGACAACCACCAUCACUACGACAACAACAACUACCACCACUUCAACAACAACUACAGUAACAACUACAACAACCGCUACGACAAUAACAACCACAAGCGCCACAACAAUAAGUACCACAACAUCAACAAGCACUACAACUACAAGUCAAACAACAACAACCACAGCUACGACUGAGAAAAUAACAACAACUAGUUUGUGUUCACCUGCAUGUAAUUCAGAACAGACAUGUGUACUAUAUGUAUGCACAAAUGUAGGUCAUCUUGGAAUCUCUAUGGUAUGGUCUCGAUCAGGUGAUGGAGAUAUCGCAGUUGCAACACCAAAUGGGAAAGUAAUUUACUACCAUAAUAAAGGUCCUUCAUCAAGUACUGAUCAAGGAGAAUUAGACAGAGACGAUUUGUAUAACACGGGGCCAGAAAACAUUUAUUGGCCACUUAGUGGUUCUCUACCACCAUCAGGCACUUAUUAUCUCUGCUUUGAACCGUAUUCAAUCAGUCCAACUAUUAGCAGCAGCAAUCCCAUCACGGUUACCUAUCAAGUAGUGCGUCCAAAUGGUGUCAUUCUCACUUUUGCGAAAACAUUCACAUCUGUUAUAAAAAAUUCAUAUCAAUGUAAUGCAGCUUCAAGCACUCUCAUGGGUUCAUUCACUUAUCCUUAA